UCAUCCAUGGGAUAGAUUGGCUGAGGCUUCAGAAAGAACAGAAAAAGAAGAAGAAGAUAGACAGAUAGCGUCUCCUCUCCUCUCCAACCAUAUUUCUCCCGCUCCGCCGGCUCUACAUGCCGCGGGCUAGCAAUGGCGGCGGCGCAUGAUGUCUGUGCUGUCUACUACUCUACCGUCUCGUCUUCAUCUAGCAGUGGAGGCCUAGCCUGAACACAGCAAGAGAAAUCAGGAAGGCAUUGCAGGAGCAAGAAUCCAUGGCAUGGGGAGGCCUCUUCUUGAGCUUCAGCCGCCCCUCGCAGGAGCAGCAAAAGUCAUGCCUUGCGGCUGCUGGUGGCUUCAACUAUGAUGCACCUCUCCAUGGUGCCUCAAAACCAAGAUCUGCAACUGAUUUGACACCUGGAGCUGCUGGAGCAAGUGACAAAGCGCUUGUCGAGCGCGGCUUCUUUGUGAACCGCUCGCGUGUUCUGCUUGGCUCGGGUGCUGCCACCUUCAGCCAUGCCAAAUCUGCACUUCUCUCCUGGAAGCACUUGGCACUAGGGUGGGCAAGUGUGGAGCCCGACACACCGGUGAAGACUGGAACAAAAUUCUGCAUCUGUUACAAGGAGCUGAUCCCUUGGGUCAUGUUGCCCCUCCAGAUUGCCUAUGUGAUGACCGAGGGCAGCUCCUCGGGCCAUGGAAAAGGUGGCAUUUUUGCGUUCGGUAGCGGCACUCUACAAGGCCAUCUACUGAUUGAUGUGCAGGCAGGGGAGGAGAGGUUCUCGGUGCAGCUGGACGAAGAGGAUCAGGUGUGGUACGAGGUGAUGUCCUUCUCGAAGCCAGCCCACAUCCUGUCCAGCCUUUGCUACCCGUACGUGCAGCUCAGGCAGAGGCAUUUCGCGCAUCACUCAGGCCAGGCGCUGCUCCGGCAUGUUGCCAGCCGCUCCACAGACAAACCACGCUGACUUCUUUCGUCUGCUGAUAACAUGAUUCUACUAGUAUCUUUAUCUCUUCAGGACUCAGGACUUGAUUUGAACCUGCUUCUGUGUUCCUCUUUGUACCUAUGGCCAAAUCUGCUCCUGAAAGCAUAAGCUUGUCUUCUGAAUUUUGAGCUCAGGAUAUUUAACCAGUACUACAAUAUUUGGCAUUUGUGCUUUCCUGUCAAGU